GGUUUAGGCCUUAUCCUAUCCCUGGGCCGGGAUUUAUGAAGUGUUCAACCUGAAAUGCCUACUAGGUAGCCAGUGAACUUGAUGGCAAAAUGCGUUGUGAGGUCAUCAACUUCAUAUGAUGAGAUCACGAAUCAUGAACUGUAAGUGUCACGUAUACCUAAUCAUUAACAUGAAUGAGUUCUAGGCAAGAAAUUUCGCCAACUUCCAUAUCUAUUUUUCGGCUUAACAUUUUCUAUUUUCCUUUUCACUGUUGUACCAUCAAUCUCCAAUUGUACCCAUAUUAUGUUUGUUUAUGAGCAGCUCCUCAAACGAGACACUUGAGUGCAGCACAAACCCUCCCUUUCACAACAACCGUUUUAGCAUUAUACGCGUUCAAGAUACCCAUCAAGUCUAAGAGGAUGCCGGAAACUCUACGAGAGAAGGCCACCAAGACCCUUCAAGAUCCGGACGCGAAUCCGAGUCAGCUUGGUGAUCCCACCAGCCUAAAGGCAGAGCAGAGCAACCACAUGCCUACCGAAGACGAAAGAGGGGCCACUCAAACUUCACAGUCAGCAUCACCCAGCUCGUCAUCAAGUGGGAAAAGCAAGAGCCAUGAAAGUUUAAGAGAGAGAGCAGUUAAGAAACUUUACGGACCUGAGGCCAACCCAAGUAUGCUAGGCGAUCCAACGAGCCUAAAGGCCGAGACAAGCGAUACUAUGCCAACAGAUGACGAGGCUGGAGCUCAUGGUAAGGAUUCAAAGCUGUGAGUGAAAGGGAGUGUAUGUAUGGCAAGGGUUGUUAAUACUUGUAUAUACUACUAGUAGUACUACCUAGUACCUACAUGUAAGUUAUAAUACCAUGUACUACCAUCGCG